AAUAGCCAUUUAGUAGCCCCUCGUUAGUAAUAAACAUAAACAACAAUAUUUUUCGCGAGAUGGAUUGCAUCGAAAUAUUAUUGGAAAAUACGUAAAAUCCGACUGUUUUGGUUCCUAUCUUAUAAAUUAACAAUCAACGCACGAAGAUGGCAAGAUUAAGCAACGUGCGAGUGAAAUUGUGCGAUCAAAUCCUGCUGCACAAAUUGCAUGUGCUGAACAACGCAGUGUCGCAGAAGGGAGUCACCGAGCGAGAAAUGGAAGAAGCCUUCAAGCAAUCAAUCGGUUACCGUCCAAGCCGACUUUCCUGGGCCCAGUGGAACGAUGGCACGCUCUCGAUACUGUACAGUGUAAUUUUCCUGAUAGCGCUGUUUGUACUGACGCCGUUUCUUGCCUCAUUCAUCGAGGUCAUACUGGGAACGCGAUGCAUUCUGCCAAACAAUUAUCUCGUUUGGGAAGCAACGAGACCCCUGUCGGAUUGUGACUUCUGUAGAGGCGUUCAAGGACCAAUUAUCCUGUCCAAUCUGUCCCGGGAAGAGUUCAAACCGUACGCCUAUUCUUCGCGGCCCAUCAUUAUCAAAAAUGCUAUAUCUCAUUGGCCGGCAGCCAGGUUGCUCAAUUUCACCUUCCUCAAGGAUCUCUACUACAAACAUCCAUCAGCGCUCAACAGCUUCCAUGAAGAUUGCCAGUUUUUGCAUUUCAAAUCGAACUUUCAAUCCCUGAAAGACGUGUUUCGCAUGUCGGAAGAUUUCCGUACCGGGCACAAGCCGUGGUACGUGGGAUGGAGUAACUGUAACCCAGUGAUCCUGGCGGAAUUGAGGAAGCUCUACCCGAAACCGCACUUCCUGCCGGAGGACGCCGAGAUGCCGAAUACGGAUUUUGUGUUCUUGGGUUACGAACAGGGCGCGGUAAUGCACAUCGACUACAUACCCCGACUGAUGUGGCAGGCCCAGCUGAGGGGUAACAAAAGUUGGAUCCUGGCACCCACUCCGGAGUGCGACGAAGAAUGCCGCAGCUUCAGCUUCUACGUCGAGCCGGGCGAUGCUUUGCUGGUGGAUACGCGGCUCUGGUACCAUGGGACCUUCAUUUCCAAGGGUGAAUUCUCACUCACCAUUCAAUCGGAGUACGGCUAGAAUUGGAGUAUCAUUUGAAAACUUAUAAUUAUGCAUUAUCGUUGUGUCAAUAAAGUUGUGUGCCAUUGAGUUGAAUAUUCACUAAAA